CUGCGAUUGGAAGUAUCUCUAGAGGCUUUUGGAGGAGACCGCCAGCCCUUGCAGAUCAAUACCAUGGGAGAGAGAGAAAACAUGACGGGGGAACAGAGGGAUAGGGAGGAUCGGAGCAGGAACCAGAGAGAGAGAGAGGAAGAUGGGGGUGUCGCUGUGAGAGGGAUGGAGACACUGAGAUAGUGUAUGUGUGUGUGUAAGAGAGUGAGCGAGUGGGUGAGAAAGACAGUCACACAGCGAGAAAGAGAGAGAGAGACCGAGUUAGAGCUGAAGCAAGGUGCACACGUUGCUCAGCUUUCUCAUUGCAGCCGCGACAGGCAGUCAGAGAGGAGCUCCGAUCUAACCAGCAGCAACAAUAGACUUCCGAAUACACAGCUCGCACGAUCAAUAGACCUUCGCCAGAAACGUUGCGAGUGAGAGGAAGCCGCUUAAGGACCAGAGAGAGGCAGAAAAGUGAAGAUUUAAAGACACUAAUUACAACAGAGCCCGGGUUUCUAAAUUGGGAGAACACCACUAGGGAGUUUGAAGAAACAUCAGACGGUGGCUGCUUCUCCUUCUGUGUGGUGAGACAGGACGAGCAUCAACACUGGCACUAAAGUGUCGAUCAGAGGUCUUCUUGAGGAGUUGAUGAUCUGGCACUAUUGCCUCAGCUGUGAUGUGGGGGCUCAACAUGGCGAUGCAAAGGUCAAUGCUGAGCCUGACUCUGCUGUUCUUUGGGGUUCAAGCUGUUCCUAACCCCACCAGCAAACUAGUAAAGACCACGAGAGUGAGACGACAGCUUCCAGAUGACCCUAGCAACCAGACCCAGUCCAUGAUCUUCAAUCAUGUAUACAACAUCAAUGUACCGCCUGAGUCACUGUGCUCCAUAGACCUGGACACGAUACCAGGCCCAGGGAACAAAGGUAACGGCGAGGGUGACAAGUUUCCAACGGAGUAUACAGAAGAGACGGUGGAUUCGGAAAGCCAGGUGACCUUUACUCACCGCAUCAACAUCCCGAAGCAAGCCUGCGGUUGUCCCACCAUCACUGCCAUACAACAGCUGGCCAAUCGUAUAGAGAUGCUGGAGCGCGAGGUGUCGGUGCUUCGGGCGCAUUGUAGCUCCGGGUGUUGUGGCGAGAGCUCUGUCAUGGGUCACUUGGACUUUGUCCCUCAGUGUGGCGGCCAUGGCACCUUCAGCAUGGAGAUCUGUGGAUGUGUGUGUGAAGAAGGAUGGACGGGAAAGAACUGCUCUGAACCUCGCUGCCCAGACGAUUGCUCCGGCCAGGGCAUCUGUAUCGAGGGCGAGUGUGUGUGCGACCGUAACUUCGCCGGUGAGAACUGUUCAGAACCCAGAUGCCCGAGCGACUGCUCCGACAGGGGUUUGUGCAUCGAUGGCGAGUGCGUUUGUGAAGAAGCCUAUGCCGGUGAGGACUGCUCGCAGGGCAGGUGUCUGAACGACUGCUCCGAUCAGGGAACCUGCAUGAACGGAAGCUGUCAUUGCCGCCCGGGCUUCUUAGGAGAGGACUGUUCUCUCAUCUUCUGUGCCAAUAACUGCAGCCAGAAAGGGGUGUGCAAGGACGGCUUCUGCGCCUGUCAAGAGGGAUACACGGGGGAUGACUGUGCUUCAGUGUCACCUCCUACACAUCUACGAGUUCAAGGGGUGUCUGAGCAUACUGUUGAUUUGGAAUGGGAGGGGUCUAUGAUCCUGACAGACUUUCUCAUCACUUAUGCCCCCACAACCCCUGGUGGAGUCCAACUGGAGAUCAGAGUACCUGGAAACGUUACCAACACCACCAUCAAAGGUUUGGAGCCAGGACUGGAGUACAACAUCAACGUGUACGCUGUCAUAGACAACAUCAUCAGUGCGCCUAUGAACACCUUAGUCUCCACCUAUCUCUCGAAUCCAGAUGGUUUACUCUUCAAAUCAAUCAUGGAGACAUCCGUGGAGGUUCAGUGGCAACCUUUAGACUACUUGUUUGAUGGCUGGGAAAUAAGCUUCAUUCCCAAGGACAAUGAUGGAGGGAUGACGGCACAGCUACCCAGCACCAUCACAUCCUUCCACCAAACAGGGCUGAAGCCUGGGGAGGAAUACACUGUCAACCUGGUGGCACUGAAAGACCAGGGCAGGAGUCAGCCUGUUACUACAACUUUUGUCACAUUAAUCGAUGGGCCAUCCCAGCUUAUCGUACGAGAUGUCUCAGACACAGUCGCGUUCGUGGAGUGGACCUCACCCAAAGCCAAAGUGGACAAGAUCAUAUUGCGAUACGGGCUGUUGGGUGUAGAUGGACCAAAAACCACCUUUCGUCUGCCGCCGACUUUAAGCCAGUACUCACUCCAAGUCCUGAGGCCCGGAUCAACAUAUGAAGUAUCAGUCAGUGGAAUCCGAAAUGGCAAUGAAAGCGAAGCCAUUUUCACAGCAUUUAAUACAGAAAUCGAUGCACCAAAGAACGUGCGAGUGUUGUCGAAAACAUCCACUAGCUUGGAGCUGGAAUGGGACAACAGUGAAGCAGAUGUAGAAAGCUACAGUGUGGUUUACAGCACACUAGCUGGAGAUCAGUAUGACAAGGUCAUCGUCCCGCGCAAUGACGGCUACACCACCAAGACCACCCUCACUGAUUUACUGCCUGGCACAGAAUAUGGCAUUGGAAUUUCAGCUGUACUUGGUGCCAACCAAAGCACACCAGCAACAAUGAAUGCAAGAACAGAUCUGGAUGUCCCCUUGGAUUUGACGGUCACAGCCUCCACAGACAACACCAUCACCCUGUUGUGGGGCACGGUGCAGGGGCCUAUCGACCAUUAUAAGGUGACCUACACCUCCUCUGCUGGAGUUACGACCGAGCUUACGGUACCCAAGGACAUCACCAUCACCACACUGACAGGUUUGGAGCCGGCCACCGAAUACACCAUCACGGUUGCAGCACAGAGGGGCAGACAGCAAAGCGCGGCCGCCACAAUUGAUGCCUUCACAGGCUUUCGCCCUAUCACACAGCUGUAUUUCUCUGAUGUCACAUCUGAUUCAUUGACUGUGGCUUGGAGUUCACCGGCCCCGCCUGCUGAUGCAUUCAUCUUGAACUACAGUCCCCAGGACUCGAGUGAUGAUUCUGAGAUCGCUCUAGACGGCUCCAAAACAAAAAUCGCCCUCACUGGUCUUCUGCCCUCCAGGCGCUAUACCGUUUCCUUGGUAACCAUGCACGGCAAUGUGUCCUCAGAACCGGUUGUAGGUCCGGUCACAACAGGAAUGGACCCUCCGAGAGACUUGAGUGUGUUGUAUAUCACAGAGGAGUCUGCAACCAUAUCAUGGAUUCAACCGCUCGCACCCUUUGACUACUACAAAAUGGCUUACCAAUCACCAAAAGGUAGAGUAGACAAUGUGGUCAUUGACAGCGAUGUCACCAACUACACCCUGACCAACCUCCAUCCGGCCACCGAGUAUGAGAUCAAGCUAAAUGCAGUGAAAGGAAGCCAAGAAAGCAAAAUCAUCACCACGACUGUCUUUACAGCUAUGGACAUACCUGCGGAGCUGACUGCAUUGAAUGUCACACCUCAGGGGGCUCUGCUGCGCUGGAACCCUCCGGUCUCAAGUGUUGAUAACUAUGUGCUCACCCUCACCCGGAACCAGGUUACUGCAGACACCUUCCUGGUGGAGGGUAACAAGCAGGAGUAUCAGCUGAGUCAGCUCAUCCCCAGCACCCCAUACUCAGUGGCGCUCUAUGCCACUAAAGGCCCUCUCACUAGUGGCACCGUCAUCGCCAACUUUGUCACACCUAUGGACGCACCUCAUAACCUUACUGCCAGUGAGAUCAACCAUCGAAGUGCCCUGAUAUCUUGGCAACCGCCCAUCGCUGAGAUCGACAACUACAUGCUGACAUACAAAGCUGCAGACGGCGGUCGAAAGGAGCUGAUCUUUGAAUCAGAGGAUACAUGGAUUCGUCUUGAGGGGCUGGCAGAGACCACCGAAUAUACCGUGAGACUGCAAGCCUCCAGAGGGUUAGAGACCAGCGCCAUUGUUUCCACCACUUUCACGACAGGAAACCGAUUGUUUCCCACGCCACAGAACUGUGCACAGCACCUGCUGAACGGAGAGACCCUGAGUGGGAUCUACAGCAUCUACAUCAACAGAGACCUCAGUCAAGGUGUGCAGGUUUACUGCGACAUGACCACCGACGGAGGAGGCUGGAUAGUGUUCCAGCGACGUCAGAACGGCUUGACUGAUUUCUCCAGGAAGUGGAGUGACUACAAGAUUGGCUUUGGCAACCUGGAGGAUGAGUUCUGGCUCGGCCUGGACAACAUACAGAGGAUCGCAGCUCAAGGCCGUUACGAGCUCCGCAUCGACAUGAAAGACGGGCAGGAGACUGUGUACGCCAACUACGACAGGUUUUCCAUCGGAGACUCCAAGAGCCUCUAUAAAUUAAGGAUAGGAGAAUACAAUGGCACAGCAGGUGACUCUCUGAGCUACCAUCAGAGCAGACCUUUCUCUACCCAGGAUAAGGACAAUGACAUUGCUGUCACCAACUGUGCUCUGUCCUACAAGGGAGCCUGGUGGUAUAAAAACUGCCAUCGGGCUAACCUUAAUGGCAAAUAUGGAGAGUCCAGACAUAGUCAGGGUAUAAACUGGUAUCACUGGAAAGGCCACGAGUUUUCCAUCCCGUUCGUGGAGAUGAAGAUGAGGCCGUUCAACUACCGCAGCAUCAGUGGCAAGAGGAGGAGAUCCACUCAUUAAUCCACUGUCCUGCUAGCUAUUACUGUUUUUACAUAGAUGGAGGAGGACACGAGGAGUUACCGUAACUUAUUUAAAUCUUUGAAUGACUAAAUCCCUUUGACGAAUGUCUGAUGUAAAUUCCUUGAGGUUUGAUGACUUUUUUGUGUAAUGCUGUUUUGGGAGAUUUUAAAGAUUAAGGGGAAGCUCGGUGUAGUUUAACACGUUUACCGUGUAUGGCCUGCGGAAAGUACCUCAUUGUUAUGAGAACACAUUUUACAUCCUUUAAGAUGAGAUUUUGGGGAAAAAAAUAAUGGCCGUAAAAAAUCAGAUGCUUCUAUUUUUGUAAGAAAUACCUUUAAAAAGUAACUGAAUAAUGAAUUAUUUCGAUUUUGGUUUGUGUGACAACACUUACAUUAUAUUUUGCUCGUACUGCACCCUGAGGCCAACGUUUAUUGACUUAAUUAUGUAAUUGCAUUUUCAUUUAAUAAGUUAUUCACAUUUACACUUUGUAAUGUCAAAGCAUCACAGGACUAAACUUCUACUCUGUUACUGUAAUGUUACAGCCCCCCCCAAAAAAAAAUACUAUUAUUAAAGUACUAUUAUUAUUAAAACCUCAGAAACCAAAGAUUAAUUUAAAUUCUGAGGUCAAAAUCAAAGAUUGAGCAGAAAUAUUUUGCGUAUAUAAAGGUAGUAGAUAUCGUAUCGCUGCAAUAUUAAAUAAUUCAGAUUUAAUUUCACAAUAAAUAAAUGGAAACCAGUGGGAAUAAUAACCCUAAAAUGACUUUUAGUGCUUCGAGGGUCUCAUUCAGAUUUUUUAACAAUUACACACAUUACACACGUUUGCAUCAUCCCACUUUAGAAAUGGACUUGGGUCUGUCUGAAAGAAUGUUUCUCGUUUAUGCCUCAUGAGUGAUUUUAUACAUCAACUGACACGAGAACAGUGAUAAGUA